AUGGAAGGUGUGUUGGACUUUGACACAAUCGACGUGGAACUAGAUGAAGACCUUCUAAAGAAACAGAAUGAUGAAGUACCCGUGGAAGACGAACCUUUGGAUUACGAACAGGAAGAGGAAGAAAAUGUAGAUGAAGUUGUGGAUGAAGAGGAAAAUGAUAGUGAAGCUCGGUUUAAAUAUUCCACACAUGAUCCAAACAUGAAAUGGAAUAGAAUGAAACCUCAAGAGGGAGAAAGGUAUGAAUCUCCACAGCAACUUAAACUCUGUUUAACAAAUCAUGCCAUAUCUAAAGGUUAUCAGAUUAGGUUUAAUAAAUGUGAUAGUGUUAGACUACAUUGUGUGUGUGCUAGUGAUCAUGAGAAAUUCGAUUGUCCUUAUUAUGUUAAAGCCUCUUGGAUGAGCACUGAAAAGUCAUUCCAAAUAAAGAAAAUGUAUCCACAUCAUACAUGUGUCAAGAAUUUUAACAAUGGAAAACUUAUGGGACCAACAUGGUUAGCUAGACAAUUCCUUAAAGAACUUAUUAGGACACCUAAUUUGAAAGCUAAGGAAAUCCAAGAAAAAGUUCAACAUAAAUUUCACACUAAGAUUUCAUGGGUAAGGAGUUAUAGGGCUAGAUGUAGGGCAAUGUCCGUGAUUGAGGGAAAAUUAGGUGAUCACUAUGCAAGGGUGUGGGAUUAUGGUGGUGAAUUGCUAAGAUCCAAUCCAGACAGCACCAUUAAAAUUUGUGUUGAAGACAAAAAUGAUGGUACAACUAUUUUCAAAAGGAUGUACAUAUGUUUCAAAUCAAUCAAAGAAGGGUGGAAGAUGGGUUGUAGUAAGUUGCUAGAGGUUGACCUUGGAAUGGAUGCAGGAAGGGGCAUGUGUGUAAUUUCAUACCAACAUAAGGGUCUUCUUGAGGCAACAAAGAAGGUGUUACCAUAUGUUGAGCAUAGACAGUGUGCACGACAUAUCUAUGCCGACUUCAGAAAAAUAUAUAGUGGAAUUGAGUUAAGGAACCUAUUCUGGAAGGCUGCCAAAUCAACUGUAGAGGGGGGAUUCAAGAAUCACAUGGAUGAGAUUAGACAGAUUAGCCCAGGUGCUUAUGAACAUCUAAUGGCAAGGGAGCCAAAUACAUGGUGCAGGGCUUUCUUUUCCACUGGAUUAGCCUGUGACACUGUAGAAAAUGGUAAGGCAGAAUGCUUCAAUGCAGUUAUACUUGAUUCUAGGAAGAAGCUACUACUGACCAUGCUUGAAGAGAUAAGGGUAUAUAUGAUGGACAGGUUUUACAACCUCAGGGAGUUAGCUGAAAAAUGGGAAGGAGAUGUGUGUCCAUCUGCAAUUAAGAAAAUGGAAGAAUUUGGUGAGGACUUGAAGUUUUGGAGGGUACACCCUAAUGGACAAAAUGAAUUUGAAGUUAGAAAUGGUCUUGAAUCAUAUGGAAACAUCACAAUUUCUGCUCAAAGAUCGAUGGAUUUUAAGAUGUUUCAUAUAAUUGUGGACAAGUUGUGA